AUGACUCUUUUAACAUUCGAUAAUGGUGGUGGUGAUAGGAGCGGAGGAUACAGUGGUGGUGGAAGGAGCGGAGGAUACAGCGGUAGAGGAAGAGACGAGGAAGAGAGAAUGGCGGUGGCCGUGGUCAUUUUGGUGGUGGCAGAGGAAGAGACAAUGGCGGUGGCCGUGGAUACGGCAGAACUAGUUAAACUGCCUCAGCCCUCAGGUAAGAAGACUACCUUUGAUGAUUAG